AGUACAUACUAUGAACAGUGUUUAUGUUUGCUGUGAGUGGAAUCGGAAAUUUUGCCAAAUGAAUAUUAACAGUUUCUAUAAGAUAUUUUCUACUUUCGAUUUGUCAGAAUAUAUAUUGGGAACUUACGUGAAUGUUACCACAUAAAAAAGUUUGGCAUUUGAGUGUGAAAGAUGUAGUAUUUAUAUAGUGAUGUGAUUUGUGUGUUGGUGCAUCUGAUCACUCGCAUUUUACGUGCGCAUAAUAUACAAAGAUUAUACCAAUAUAGGUAAAUUAUAUCUGUAUUUAUGCUUUAAGGGUGUAAUUGUGAGUUAUUAUUAUUGAGUGUUUUGUCAAUGCGUGGAAUGUUAAGGAUUGCCUGGGCCACUACUGAUAAUCUUUAUAUGCUGGCUUUACGUCAUCUUUAAAUUAAGAAACUGGUGACCACUCACCAUCAGAUAGAGAGAAGGUCUCGCUUGAUCUCUGACGUCACCAUCUUCCAUCAUCGAUUCAGCCGGAGCAGAAGAGGAAGGCCUGUUGUGAUGCAUUGUGGUUGUGACUGCAUUGUGAGUUGCUUUUCUGUUGGCCGGAAGAGGCGCUGCGUCUUACUUCCAUUACAACAUGGCUGCCAUUCUGUGUAGUUUACCCGCAGUUUGGAAACACAGCAAAUGGCGAACUGAUAAAAAAAUCGAUAGAUAAAUAUAUAAAUGUUGGCCAUCGCCUCAUUAUGACGUAAAUGUUGACAAAUUGACUGAUUUUCGGAGAACAAAUUAAGAAGAGUCGCGAAAUAUUUUUUUUUUUCGCCCGUUGCACAUGGUAGCUAUAAAAUGGAAUCCCAGACUUUUAUGACGCAUUUUAACUUAAUAUUCGAAUCGUUUAAUCAUUCCAUUUUGCACAUAAAUUCAAGCUUGUUUUAAGUGGGUUUGCAGAUAAAUGCGAAUUAAUGCCACGUGUCGUGAGAAGGAGAUGGGAACGAAGUGUUUCCGGAGCAUCUGGUGGAGGAAAUCGAAGUUAGUCUUCGUCGAAAAUACUUCGAGUCAGUGAAGUGUUUUUUUUUCCCCUGUAAUAAACGUCAGUGUUCAUGUCUCAUAUUGAGACAAUAUUUUAACGCGUAUAUUUGUAUCAUAAAUCACGUAGUGUUGUAAGGAAAGUCACGUCGCCAUGGUGACAGAGAACUCUUCGGCGGUGGUGACGUCAUCGUACAAGCCUUUGUUGCCGCUAGAGGAGAGGAGGGCCAGCGGAUUGGUAGGCCUGCGAGUGCGACGCCAUCUUGCAUCCAAGAGGCCGUGGUGCAUUAUGGUCAGGCAAGGGACCGUGAAGCGAUGCGUGGUGGCGCUGUUACUGCUGACUAUCGUGUCCAUCUUCUGCUACGCGCAUUACCUCAUUAGCUCUCCGUUCUCCAGUCUGAUCCGUCGGGACUCACGACCAGAGCCGUCGAUCCGCUGCGCCAUCUUGACUGGCGCCACUCGCGUGCCCGCCGUGGCUCACGACCACAGGUCUGCAGCGAGACUACGCAUCGACGCCAAAGUUCUUGUGUUCGUGGAGACGACGUACUCGCGCCUCGGCCGUGAGAUAGCAGAGCUCCUAGUCUACAACAGAAUCAAGUACAAAGUGGAGGUGUCGGGUAAAUCGCUGCCGGUACUCACGAACCUUGACAAAGGCAAGUACGGCGUGAUAGUGUUUGAGAACCUCAACAAGUACCUGCAGAUGGACAAGUGGAAUCGGGAGCUGCUCGACAAGUACUGUCGCGAGUACAGUGUCGGUAUCGUGGGAUUUAACCCACCAAGUGAGGAGACGCUUGUCGGGGCCCAGCUGCGAGGGUUUCCGCUCUUCAUACACACCAACCUCAGGCUAAAGGACGCGGCGCUGAAUGCGGGCUCCCCGAUUCUGCGGUUGACGCGUGCGGGAGAGACGGCGUGGGGUGCUCUUCCAGGUGAGGACUGGACAGUGUUCUCUCCAAACCACUCGACGUACGAGCCGCUCGCCUGGGCCACCCGCAACUCCGAGGACUUCCUAAGUGAGGAGACAACCAGGGUUCCACUCCCGACAGUGCUACAGGACCACGGCGUUUAUGACGGCAUCCAGAGAGUUCUGUUCGGUGGCGGUCUUCGCUUCUGGCUACACAAAUUACUGUUCUUGGAUUCUCUGUCGUACUUGAGUCACGGACAGCUCAGUUUGAGCCUUCAGAGGUUUCUUCUCGUUGAUGUGGAUGAUAUAUUUGUGGGAGAGAGGGGCACACGUCUCAAGAAGGACGAUGUAGUGGCGCUCUUAGCGACUCAGCAGCGAAUUCAACAGCUGGUGCCCGGUUUCCGCUUCAACUUGGGAUUCUCAGGGAAGUACUUUCAUCAUGGCACGUCUGAGGAAAACUUAGGAGAUGACAUGUUACUUGGUAAGUUGUUGAUGGAUUUUCAAAGUAUUUUAAUUGUCAUUUGCAACGAUCCCGUGAUGCAGGUAGUUCUGUUUCAGGAACAUGGCAUUCCGGUGGACUCUGGUUACUCCAUUGCGCCUCACCACUCUGGAGUGUAUCCGGUACAUGAACUACUGUAUGAGGCCUGGAAGAGGGUCUGGAAUAUCCGAGUCACGUCCACAGAGGAGUAUCCGCACUUGCGUCCAGCUCGACUGCGAAGAGGUUUUAUUCAUAGAAACAUUAUGGUCCUGCCAAGACAAACCUGUGGAUUGUUCACACACACAAUAAUGAUUGAGCGAUAUCCAGGGGGCCGGGAGAAACUGGAUGAGACAAUUCAAGGAGGAGAACUGUUCCAGACAAUUGUGUACAAUCCGAUUAACAUCUUCAUGACUCACAUGUCCAACUAUGGGAACGACAGGCUGGCGCUCUACACGUUCGAGUCCGUUAUAAAGUUUCUGCAGUGCUGGACUAAUUUGAGGCUCACAACAGCGCCGCCACUGCAGAUUGGUGAGCGUUACUUCCAGCUGUAUCCUGAAGAGGGAGAUCCUGUCUGGGGUAAUCCUUGUGAUGAUGGAAGGCAUCAGAAAAUCUGGUCGCAUAACAAAACAUGCGAACAGCUGCCUAGGUUCCUGGUGAUCGGGCCCCAGAAAACGGGUACCACUGCGCUCUACACGUUUCUUUCCAUGCAUCCUGACAUUAGUAGCAACUUCCCGAGCCCUGACACGUUUGAAGAAAUCCAGUUCUUUAACGGCAAGAACUACUACAGGGGGCUGGAUUGUUUGCUUAGUUCGACGUGGUUGUUAAUAUGCGUGUACUUGCAGGUGACCAUUCUCAUAUCGCCAGCACGUCGAGCAUACAGUUGGUACCAACACACACGAGCACAUGGCGAUCAAGUGGCCCUCAAUUAUUCCUUCCACCAGGUCAUCACAGCGAGCGACACGGCGCCCAAACCUCUGCGUGAACUCAGAAACAGGUGCCUGAAUCCUGGCAAAUACUCGCAGCACCUGGAACGCUGGUUGUCCUAUUAUCCGCCCCAGCAGCUACACAUCAUCGAUGGUGACCAGUUACGGUCGAACCCUGUCGAAACGAUGAACGAACUGCAGCGUUUCCUCAAAAUCCAGCCACCUUUCGAUUACUCCACACACCUCAGGUAUGACCCUAAGAAGGGUUUCUUCUGUCAAGUGAUAAACGGGGACCAUACAAAAUGUUUGGGUCGGAGUAAAGGUCGCCAGUAUCCCCCCAUGGAGGACAAGUCUUACAAACUGUUGCAGCGGUACUACUUGUCGCACAACACGGCUCUCGUCAAGCUACUGAAGCGGCUGGGGUAUAGAUCUGUGCCGCAGUGGCUGAAAGAUGACCUCAGUGAUACAGUAACUGCUUGACGCCAUAGUGGACCUGUAGCAAGGUGUUUUAUGUGGACAGAUGAGUUAGCGAGUGACUGACCAAGGUAUGUCCAGUGGCUUGGUCUUCUGACAAUGUGGUGGACAGAUCUCGUGCCCCAGUAGACUUAGCUCUGCAGCUGUUACCGUUAAACCGAAGAGAAUAUUAGUACCUGCGGCAGGCGAAUCAAGUGGUGUAGUAUUAUUUGGAUGUGCUUCCAAAUCUUCAUGUCUUUGGAUCAUGCCACUUCCUACCGUGUUCUGUUUUUAGACGUGUUUUAGGGCGGGAUCACCAGAAUUUUUUUGGCAUUUUAAGCAAAUUCUCAAGGCCAAAUUGCAUUUUGCGCAGUUGAAGUUUUGUUUGUGAAUAUUGUUCCAGGAUGAGAAAUUGCAGUUACGCAUUGAGUAGGCAAUUCAGAUAUGCAGGUCUUCGGCUUCACGUGGCACUCGGCACUGGUUUUCAGUUUGAUCAGUAUCGUAAAAUGAAUAUGUUCUUUCGUGCUACAAUACUUAAGUAUGAACAGAGCGUUGUUUGACUUGUGUUAUUUUAUUUGAAACCAAGUUUUAUCUGUUAUUUUAUCCCAGCAAAGAAAUUGUAACAGAAUACAGGUUAUGCGACGUGUAAGCUGUCUGAAUGAAAAUUGGGUUUCUCUCUCCAAAACAGAAACAUUUUACUUUCAAUUUUGUUACAUUAAGCACCAGCUGAAGGUUGUGUGGUUACUUAUAAUCUUAUCUGUUUGAUACCAUCAACUGUCAUGUUUUUAUCCUUUGAGUAUUUAAUGUACUUUAUGUGAAAACUUUAAGGUUACCUUAACAGCAAAGCACAACGGUAUUUCGCAAAGUUUUCAAAACGUUCUUUGACACGUUGAGCUUGGACCUGUACCACUGUAGAGUCUCUAUUUUUUUUUGUAACUGCAGUGGUCUGUUUCCAUUUUUAUAAUAAUUCUCAACAUUUAUUGUCAAGUAACCAUAUUUCCAGCUGGCAGCUUCGUGGGUUUCAAAUGAGCAGGCUGUAGGAGUUUAAAGUCGUAGUAAUGCAUAUUGGCUGCCUUGGUUCAAAAGUGAUAUUUUAGGCUAUGAUUUUAAUUUUAAUUAUGAUUUUGAGUCUGCAGAUUUUUCUGCAAGAACGGAUAUUUUACAUUUCUGUAUAACAUUUGGGGCCGCGUGGUACGAGGAGUGGGCCUUGUGCCGCUUGGUCGCUGGGACCGUGGGUUCGAAUCCCACUCAAGCCAUGGAUGUUUGUCCG